AAUAAUGCUACAUAAGUUGUCAAUGGGUGCUAAAGUGGUAACGUUGCCUAAAUUUGAAAAGAGUACAUUUCUUAAUGCUAUUAAAAUGCAAAAAUCAAGCAUAUUACAUCUCGCUCCUCCUUUAGCAUCUUUUCUAGCGUCUCAUCCUGAAUGUAAAAAGGAAGACUUAUCGAACGUUCAUACGUAUAUUUGCGGAGCUGCACCUUUACCUAAACAAGAUAUUUUCAGAAUUUUAGACAAAUCUAAGUCAGACGUGGAUUUCUUACAAAUAUAUGGACUUACGGAAGUAUCACCGUUAGCCACUACUGCACCAUUGGGAUCAAAAAAUUAUGCAACAGUUGGUGUCGCUUUGCCUAAUACAAAACUACGGAUUGUCAAUUCGAAAGAUGAGUCCUUAGGUCCGAAUGAGGUUGGCGAACUAUUAAUAAAAGGACCCCAAGUAAUGAAAGGCUACAAAGAUAAUCCAGAAGCAACCAAAGCUGUAAUAACGGAUGAUGGUUGGUUUAGGUCUGGCGACUUGGCUUCUAUCGACCAAGAUGGUGUAGUUACCAUAUGUGAUAGGAUUAAAGAACUUAUAAAGGUAAAGGGUUUCCAAGUAGCUCCAGCCGAACUAGAGAGUGUACUGAAAGAACAUUCAGAUGUCCUAGAUGUAGCGGUAAUUGGUGUUCCAGAUUCAAAAAUGGGUGAAGUUCCUAAAGCAUUUGUGGUAGUUAAAGAAGGAAGAAGUAUUAAUGCUAAUGACUUAAAACAAUUCGUAGAAGAAAGAGUUGCUGCUUAUAAAAGAUUAAGUGAUGUUACAUUCAUAGACAGUUUACCAAGGAAUCCUUCGGGAAAGAUUUUGCGACGAGUACUCAAAGAAAAAUACAUUUAGCAAGCAUCUAAUUUUGUUUAACACCGUUAGGUAUACA